AUGUCGGACAACACCCAUUCUCAUCACCAUCCAGGCUCUGCUCCCCGACAAAGAGCACACUGCGACGAGAUGCAGCGCAAAACCCGGGAGGAACGCGGCUUCGCCAAGGCCGAGUCAUCGCUCCCCGAUCUCUCCAAGUCGUCCAAACGCCUGAGCUCUAGCACACGCGGAUUCAAGUUGAGCGAUAUUCUAUCGUUCUUGGGCAACAAGAACCCCAAGCCUCGACCCAUUACGGCUGAGGACACCGUCUGGCUGCUCGACAAUGUCGCCUUUCGGGACGAGGCCAGCGGCCGUUGGGCUGCCGAGUUCGUCGCCGUUGCCAUGGACCAGAAGCCCAGCGUCACGCCCUUUGAUGUCGUGCAGGCAGUCGCGCGGACUAUUGGUCUUAACGAGGCGGACGAGGGCCUUGAAAUCCUAGAGCAGCGCCUGAUGCCAUUUUUGCAGGACAUUUUGCCUGGACGCGAGGUUGUCGCGCUACAUAGGGGUCAGCAGCGUCUCAGGUUCGGCCCGGGUGGCAGAAACGGAAUCAGUAGCGACCUGCGUCACCUCCCUGAGAGCACGCCCGGGACGGUGGUCAACACUGUGGCCCAGGUCCCCGAGGGUGCAGACGGCCUACUGACCAUGAAGACCUUCUUUGCCGAGGCUGAGGGAUGGGCCGUCGUGUCUGACGUCGACGACACCAUCAAGAUCACCCAGACGUCUGAUCCGAUUGGCAUCCUCCGCAAGACUUUUCUGGACGAGCCGACGCCAGUGCCUGGAAUGCCAGAACUUUACAGCUGGCUGCAGGACAAGAUAACACCCGCCGCCCCCUGGUUCUACCUCUCGGCCAGCCCCUACAACCUCUAUCCGUUCUUGAGCGCGUUCAGGGACAUGUACUUCCCUCAUGGGCAACUGAUUCUUCGGGAUCAGAGUUGGAUGAGCAUCAGCGGCCUCCUCAGCAACCUGACACUGGGGACGGAGGAGUACAAGGUUUCCCGGCUGCAAAAGGUGCACAAGUGGCUCCCAAAGCGCAAGAUGAUCUUGAUCGGAGACAGCACACAGAGUGAUCCUGAAGCUUAUGGCGAGAUAUACCGUGGCAACCCUGGAUGGGUCAAGCUUAUACUUAUUCGCAAAGUGACCGACAUUGCGGCUGUCGGGAUCGAGAGCAAGAACGAACCCAAGAGGUUUGAGGAAGCGUUCGAAGACGUGCCGCCGGACGCGUGGUACGUGUUUGAAGAUCCCGCAGAGUGUCAGAAGCACAUUGAACGGGUUUUGGCGGCGUAG